UUCUAGUUUGAAGCCCACGGAGUGACAGUGUUUUUAUAUUUUUUAAACUUUAAAGUGCAUUUUAGUUAACAAAAUAUGGCAUUAUCCCUCCGAAUUCGCUUGGUUGGCGACGGGGUGACUAAAACAAUGCAGUUUGAUCAAUCGACUUUAGUUUCUGAUGUUUGUUUACAGAUUGGCGGAAAAGCUUCACAGGACCAUCUGUCUGAAUACACUUUGUUUUUGGCUGAUGAAGAUUCUAGAAAAGGCAUAUAUCUCGAACCAACACGUAGCUUAGAAUAUUACAUUUUGAGAAAUGGAGAUUUGCUUGAAUAUCGCAAAAAAAUGAGAACUUUAAAGGUCAGUACCCUCGAUGGAACUAUUAAAACCUUAGUAGUGGACGAUACUCAACCAGUCGCUAACCUUAUGGCAGUGAUAUGUGCUAAAUUAGGCAUCACUAAUCAUGACGAGUAUAGUUUAGUUAAAGAAACCGCCGAAGGAGAUGAAAACAACAUCAAUGUUGGAAACUCGGUAAAAAGAGAUCAUAAAAUGGAACAUUUACGUAAAAAGUUAAAGACCGACGAAGAAACCAACUGGAUAAAUCCCGGAUCGAGUUUACGUGAACAGGGUAUUUACGAACAGGAAGGAGUGUUGUUAAAACGCAAAUUCUUUUUUUCUGAUGGCAAUAUAGAUACUCACGAUCCGAUACAGCUCAGUUUAUUGUACGUCGAAACAAGAGACGCAAUUUUAAAAGGUACUCAUCCGGUAACCGAGCCACUUGCUGUUCAGCUUGCGGGUAUACAAACACAUAUUCAAUUUGGAAAUCAUGACGAGCUUAAACAUCGACCUCCUUUAUUAGAUCUUAAGGAAUUUCUACCACAGUCUUACAUUAAACUUAAAGGUAUAGAGAAAAAAAUUUUCCUUGAACACAAAAAAUACAUUGAUCUACCAGAACUUGAAGCCAAGGUUUUGUAUACCAGAACGGUACGAGCUCUUCCGACCUAUGGAGUAACAUUUUUCUUAGUCAAAGAAGAAAUGAAGGGAAAGAACAAACUUGUGCCAAGACUUCUUGGAGUAACCAAAGAUUCAGUAUUGCGUUUAGACGAGAAGAGUAAAGAGGUACUUCAAACUUGGCCAUUAACGAGCGUUCGUCGCUGGGGAGCUUCGCCACAUACAUUCACUUUAGAUUUUGGUGAUUACUCCGAUCGUUAUUAUUCGGUACAAACCACCGAAGCUGAGCAAAUUUUACAAUUAAUAUCCGGCUAUAUUGAUAUUAUUUUAAAGAAAAAAAAAACUAAGGAUCAUUUUGGGAUCGAAUCAAAUGAACAUUCAACAGUAAUGGAAGACACAGUUGGCCCAUUAAAAGCGAUUGUGAUGGAAAAUAACGGACAAAAAGUUAAAACUGAGUCAGUUGCUAAACCUGCACUUCUUAGAGUACCUCAAGCACAGCCAUACAUGACUGGUUAUAUAUCUGAAGAACAAUAUACUUCUAUAGAAUUUAUAUGCACUGAAGCAAUAACUGGAGUGAUGGAGGAUCUUGAUACUACCAUAUCGGAAGAUAAAUGGGAAUUGGAAGUUGGAGAAAAAAAGUUUUCCGAUUAUCGGGAAAAUAUUUUAAAGACCUCGAAAACUUUAGUGGAAAACACUAAAUCACUCGUAGCUGGUGUUGGUGUAUCUAAGGAACAAGUUGAUGAGUCGUCUAAGAAUGCAUUGUCAACAGUUUUACAACUGGUUGAACUUGUAAAAGCUGGUGCGGCUUGUAUAGAUGAUCGUGAAGUUCAAAUAAAUUUAAUAAGAUCAGUUAAAAAUGUCACUAAAGCUCUCGGUGAGCUAAUCACCGGUUGUUUUGAAACCCCAUCUAUGGAUGAGCUAAAGGAAAAAGCAAAAGUAUUGGUAACCAAUGUAACAACAUUAUUGAAGACGGUCAAGUCUAUUGACGAUGAACGUACUCAAAAUACAUACACGCUAGAAUCAACCGUUGAAGCUAUUGAAAAAGAGCUGCAGAAAAACCGCAUUAUUUCAAACUAUGAAACAACUACUGAAGAAUUAAUUCAUUCUGCCAAGCAUAUUGAUGAAACUACUAAAAGAAUGUUAGAUAUCGUUGACAAAGGCAAGCCCAGAGACGUAAUAGAUGCUGUAAAAGAAAGUCAUAAGUCGGUUAGCGAGUUGUUAACUGCUUGUUAUGGAAAGAACUUAAAUGAAAAAGUUCUGGAUGCAGGACGUCAGGUGGCAGAAGAAUUUCAAGUAUUUUUAAAUACCAUUAUAGAAAAUUCGAAGAAACCCUACCCAAGUUUCAAACAAGAUUUAGACCAAGUGUCUCAGCGUGUAUCAUCAAAAGUACAUUAUUUAAUUACAAUUGUUGAACAUAUUGAAACUAUCGAGUACCAUUUAUUAGACUCGGCGACUGAAAUUGAUACUGCAGUAAAAAAACUAAAUUUAAUUCAACCGAGGCCUUAUGAAUUUAAAGUCGAUGAGACAUGUUGGAAAUCAGACGAGGUCAUACUAGAAGCCGUUAAAUCAAUUGCAGCCGCGACUUGUGCAUUAGUAAAGACAGCUUCUCUUGCACAACACGAAAUUGGUAUAGAUGAAGGCGUAGAUGGAUUAGUACACGCAGCUAAAAUGGUGGCGACCGCUACUCACAGCCUUGUGGACUGUGCUCGAGAAGUGAUUGAAGGUAUAUCUACUGAAAACAAACUUAUAUCGGCAGCUAAUCAAGUGGCUACCUGUACAACACAACUCUUGGUCGCUUGCAAAGUCAAGGCAGAUCCGAAUAGUGAUGCAACAAAGCGACUUCUUGCUUCAGGCAAUGUGGUUAAACGUGCUACUGAAAACGUGGUUAGAGCAGCACGACAAGCUAUGAAGGCUGAUGAGAGUAAACGACUUAUUCUGGACGAAAGAAUGGUUGGUGGCAUGGCACAGGAAAUAGAUGCCAGGUCUGAUGUGUUGAGAAUCGAACGAGAGUUAGAUGAAGCUCGGAAACGUUUAGUGGUUAUAAGACAAUCAAAAAACAAAAAUACUGAUCAUUAACAUAGUUUGUUAAUUCAAUAAUUCUAAUUGUUCGUAACAACUGAGAAUUCAUUCCUUAAAACUAAUAUUUUAAGUUUAAAUUAUGUAUUAACUUUUUUAUUUAUUUAUUAAUACAUAAAAAAAAAAAUUAACGAAAAAAAGCAUAAAAUUCUAACCUAUAUUUUUUACUAAAAAUCAUAAUUACUAAUUUCUGUCUUAGACCAUCAUCAGUGGUUAUGGUAUUUAAACUAUAACUACAAAUACAAAUAUGAAAAACGAUUUUCUUUUUAGUAUUUUUAAUUUUUAAAAGAAAAUGGCAUUUCUUUAAU